AUGUUGAUUUACUAUCAAAAUGUUAAUCGCUUUAGAUCCAAAACAAAAGAGUUCUACCUAAAUGUACUUAAUAAUGAAUACGACAUCAUCUGUCUAACUGAAACAAACUUGAAUAGUACUAUUUUUGACGGUGAACUCAUUGACACUCGUUAUAAUGUUGUAAGGCGCGACAGAUAUCAAUCUAAUGUACGUAAAGCCGAGGGCGGGGGAAUCUUAAUUGCCGUAAAAAAAGAAAUAAAUUUUAUCCAUCAAGAUUCCUGGAAUAGUGAACUGGAAGACUUGUGGAUUAGCAUAUUGCCUAAAACCACUAAUGUUAAGAUUAUUAAUAUUUGUCUAUGUUAUCUUCCACCAGAUCUGCCUUUAGACUGCAUCGAUAAAUUUUAUACAAACUGUCCAAACGUAAUUAUGCGAUAUCGUAACACAGAAGAAUUUCUUUGCAUAGGUGACUUCAAUACACCCGAUGUUCACUGGUCUAAAUCAUCUCAAUAUAAUUAUAUGAUUCCUCUUCAUCCGCGAGGUCAAAAAGCUAAUCUGCUUUGCGAUACCCUUAGAAUAUGUAAUCUUGAUAAUUAUAACAGUAUACCAAAUAGUGACGGACGAUUUUUAGACCUAAUUCUUUUCAGUUCGAACAGCAUUCAGGUUUAUGAAGUGCAGCCAUUGAGCCGCUUAGAUCACCACCACCCCUCAUUAGUUGCAGAUGUAAAUUUUGUUGAAAUAAACUCAAAUAACUUUAAGAACAAAAACCUAAAACGACCUAAUUUGUUCAAAAGUAAUUUUCCAAAAAUAAAUCUUGAAUUAAAAUCAGUUGAAUGGCAUAAUAUAUUGUCAACUCAUGAAGAUAUUGAUAGUAUGACUGACGCAUUUUAUGCAGGGGUCAGGAAUAUUAUUACAAAACAUACACCUAUGACGAAAAGUGACACAAACAUUUAUCCAGUAUGGUUCACACCUGCUUUGAAGCAAAGCUUAAAAGAAAAGCGAAAAUAUCAUCGUCGUUUCAAAAAAUAUAAGAAUCCUCGGGAUUAUGAUACAUUUUCCAUGUUACGCAACAGAUGUAAAAAACUUAUUAGUAAUGACUAUAAAAAUUUUGUUUCGUCUGUCGAAUCUUCUUUAGAUGAUGACAUAAAAUUCUUUUGGCGUUUUGUUAACGAUAAGAAAAAUAAUUCUAAUAGCAUUCCCAAAACGAUGAAAUAUGGUAAUCACAUCUAA